UUAUUUGUGUAAGAUGGAAACGUUGUGAUUACAAGUGUAAAGGUAGGAGCGGGAUUAUUGCGAGUGAUUUACUUAUACAUUUAUUUAUAAAAAUUUUAGAUAGCCUGACAUUUGGUUUAGUAAUUAAUUCGUGAAAAUAUUCUUAAUAAUCAGUGAUAAUAUAAUAUUUGUACUAAACUAUAAAUAUGUCUGACGAAAAGAAGGAAACUAAGACAGAAUCAGAGCACAUAAAUUUGAAAGUGCUAGGACAAGAUAGUGCAGUGGUUCAAUUUAAAAUUAAAAAGCACACACCACUCAGGAAAUUAAUGAAUGCUUAUUGUGAUCGUGUGGGCUUGGCAAUAGCAGCAGUAAGGUUUAGAUUUGAUGGACAACCUAUAAAUGAAUUGGAUACACCAACUACUCUUGAAAUGGAAGAAGGAGAUACAAUAGAAGUUUAUCAACAACAAACAGGAGGAGGAUUGUGUUGAGAUUUAAAAUUGUCCUUUAAUAGUUUGAAAAUGGACUUGAUAAAAAAAUUUCUGUUCCAGUGCUUACUUUAAAAAGAAGGCAUUAAUAAUUUUCUAUUUUUUCUGAUAUAGAAUAUUUCAUUUCAUAAUAUAAUAUGGGAAAGUUGUUUAUACUUUUUAUAUAUAUCAAACUUAACAUUUAGAUCAGUUCAAUCUAUAUGUUAGUUUAUUUAAAAAAAAAAUCUUUUUAAAUACAUUUUAUAUUCUUUAAUAUCAUAAAAUAAUAACUUAAGAUUUUUAAUAAGUAUUCACAUUUUAUUAUUAUUUGAUGUUUUUAAUUAUUCUGGUUUUUGUAAAAAUUAGAUGAAUUCUAUUUCUCUUCUAAUGUAUUAUUUCAAUUUUCAAUAAUUUGGCUGAAAAUAUUGUACAACAGAUAUACUGCUAUGUUAUUUCUAGUGAUAAACAUUGUAAAUGAAGGCACAUUAGUUGUCUCUUCAGCAUUUUGCACUAUGUAGAAAAACAUCUACAUCAACAAACACAUGUUACUUACAUAACAUAAGAUUCUUUGUAAAUGAUUUUCAUAAAAAAGAAAUUAAUAAUGUAAAAUCUCAAAUUUUCUUAAUAAAUAUCAUCUUUUUAGGUAUAUUCAUUUAUUAUAAUAAUGUACAAGUAGAACAAUGAUGAAGAGCAUUGUUAGAAAAAAUUAUGUUAAUAUUUAAUGUAACUAUUUUUAAGAAGUUCAUAAAAGUUUUGUUUGUGUUCCAUGAUUAAAUCUUACUACAUUUUUACUUUUCAUGAAAAUAAUAUUACUUUGUAUAUGAACAAAAAAAUAAAUUGUAUCUUAUCUUUUCUAUAA